GUGACGUUGUUGCCGUCACAGUUGACCAAUGAACAACAAGAGAGCGUCUUGUCGUGUUUCCCACUCCAGAAGGAGAGGACAGCCCGUGGAAAGGGAUUGGAGGCAACACCACAACCAGGGGGUAUGGCGAGAAGUGCAAGAGGAGAGGAGGCAGGAGUCCAUCCCCAGGGGUGUCUGCCUGUCUAUGUGCCCUAUCCGCGAGCUGCAGGACAGGGAGGCCCAGAACUUACUGCACCGAUUUGAGGUGUUGUCAGGUACUGAGUGGGAAUGCUGGCCCACGGCUGACCCCUCAGGAGUGGUAAAGGAGUAUGCUAGACCUGCAGCAGGGAAGGACUCCACUCGACCUAGUGACCUGCGACCACCAGCUGUGCUGCUAAAGACGGUGUUCUACCUCGUCGACAACAUCGCUGCCUCCCCCACACUGCGUCCAUGGACCGAGGUGUAUGACUUUGUCUUUGACCGGCUGCGCAGUGUGAGACAGGAUAUGAUAAUCCAGAGGGUGUCUGGUGCUGACUGUGUGGCCGUGCUGGAGAGGACAGUCCGCUUCCUGAUCUACGCCUCCUACCGGCUGUGUGGGGAGCCCCUGCGCCUCUACGACCCCCGCAUCAAUGACACCCACCUGCAGGAGAGCCUCAGCUGGCUGCUGGAAUGCUACACCAGUGGAAAGCACCCCAACCAGGAGGAGUUCCAGGCCCUCGGUCUCCUCUACAACCUGGGUUCAAGCCGUGCCACACAGCACACCAUGGAGCUGCCAGAGCGGAUACGCUCCUCCCCUGUCAUGCAUCUGGCCCUGUCAGUGAGCCGGGCCUUCAUGGAACGCAACCCUGUACGACUCCUCCGAUUGGCCCACAGUCUGGACUUCCUGCAGAGCUGUGCCCUGCACCGGCACCUAGAGACCUGUCGCAGGGACCUGCUGCUGAUCUACAGCCACGGACACAGCAGCAAGAACUGCCGCUUCCCCCUCCACAAGCUGGCCCACAUCCUGGCCCUGGAUGUCCCCCUCACCAACCAGCUGUGCCAGGCCCAUGGGGUGGAAGUCCAUGGGGACUCUGUGGUCUUCUCCAAGACCUCCUUCACUGAGCCAGAGGCUGGGAAGCUUCAGUGUGCACACUUUCAUGAUCUGGUGGACAGGAAGCAGAGGGAUCUCACUGUUGGUAGCAUCAUUCAUGGCUGCACUUGAUAUGACCAGACAUGGACAUUGGAUAAACUGCGGCCUGCCUGCUCCAAGAAGACUGAGAUGCACUUGAUUUUAUAGAUUUUUAAGUUGUUUUCUAAAUAAACUUGUUUUAAUGUGAAUUGUGAAUGUUCUCUUAACAUUGACACCUUACAUUUACACAUAAAAAUGUGUGAUUAUUAAGUUGCUUUUUUGGUCAAAUCAAACAUUUCAUUAUGAUAGAUCAGCGAUCAUACAAGAAAUGUAUGUCAUAUAGAGAACCACACGAAUUGCCAUGUUUUAUACUGUGUAUAUAUACUGUAUCUAUAAUUGUUUUUGACUUCUGCUGCCUAUGGUUUUAAAAUUAAGCAACUAUUUUUUUAAAGUUUAGUCUGUUUUCUUUCAUGCAUUUUUACUUCUCUGCCAGUGCUAUUGACAUUUUGUGUGUGCUGCAGUGGUUGAGUAUGAGUGGGUGUAGCCUAGAAGUUCAGGCUUCUCACAUGAGUCAAUGAAACAACAUUUGGAAGGAUGGUCAUGUGAGGCUAGAGCGGUUGUGACAGGCUGUUUUCCUAUAACUA